CUAAAUAAAUGUUGCCCUCUAUCGUCAAUAGUAAAAAUUAAUUAGAACAUCUUUUGAAUUGAGGAGAGAUGGAUUUCGGAGCUUCGUUGUUAAAAUUAAGGGACCUUUUGAACCUGGAAGAAACGGACAGUAGCGAUGACGAGUUCAAACCUAAAACUCAAGUGACUAAAAUGGGACCCGGAGACAUCGGUGGGAGGGCAGUUAGCGGAAAGGAAAAGACUGAAGAAGUCGGGGUGGAGGACGAUGACGUCAUCUGGAGCGCGCGUGAAGUUCCCCAGGGAUCGGAAUUCGACGAUACUAUCGAUCCUAGGAAAGAGCCCGAGUACGAGAUGUUCUUCAGGCAGAAAGUGACUACAGAAGAUAUCUAUCUACAAAUGGGUAACAAGAACCCAGCCACUUUCAGCUGCGAGGAUCUGGUGAUCAAGAUCAAGCUACCGGGUGUAACGACGCAGAAUGAAAUCCACCUGGACGUCAAGGAGAAGAGAUUGGAUUGCAGGACCUCCACUUAUCGUCUGGGUCUCUUCUUACCUCAUCCGGUCAAACCAGACUCGAGUAAAGCCGAGUGGGACCAAAAUUCCCAUAACCUAACCAUAAUACUGAGAUUGGACAGAGAACUCGAUGAAUUGAACUUCUAAUAGGCCCCCUAGUACGUGUUUCAACGGGGGGUUGAACACCGAGCUAAUUGCUCGGGAAUUGUUACUUACCUAGUCAACAACGAGGCUUUUAAGGAUUUCUGGAAAGGUGGAUUCUUAGAAAUCCUCCUAUUUUAAGGAGGUCUUUAAGAAAGCCGGCAACACUUAAUUUUUAAUGCGUUUGACGUCAUUACUUUUAAAUCAAUUACGAUUUAAUGCGUUUGUUUAGUGAGUAAUUUUCGUAUUUUACUUGUAACGCUCGCACAAUAAGAUUUUAAAAUGGGAAAUCCGUUAAUAGAAAGCGGAAUAUUUAUAUUUAAAGGCGAUAAAACAUUAUAUACCGGUAUAUAUAUAUAUAUAUAUUUUAAAUUAAAAAGAAUUCUAUGUAAAAACCUCCUACUGUACAUCUGUCGUUGGAUAAGGAGGUAAUAUUUAUGAUGACGUCACAAUGUUUCCACGUAUGUGAAGUUUUCCGUUUCUUCCUGUCACGAAAAUUGGUCUUAUAGCUGUUUAAAUUGCUUAUUUUAACAAGUGUUCGUGAUGUAACGCACGCAGUGACGUGUUUUCGGGCAGGAAAUUUAACCAAAAAAAAAAAAGGCAAAUUAUAUAAUGUUACAAACACAGUAAAAAUGUAAAAAAAAUGUAACUAUUCCCGCAAU